AUGCUACCCAUAAGAAGUUCUUCGGUUUCUUUGGAUGGAAUCCCUACCAGCCCAGUGGAAGUCGAGGUUCAGGUCGAAGUUGAAGUUCAUAGGGAUGGUGAUGACAUACGCGCUGAGGGAGAAGGAGAACCUGAAAUAGAAACUCCUUCUCACGCUGCGCAUCGUCCAUCAUCUGGACUCGGGUGUCGUCGGGUCGUGGCUCGCAGUUUCCGCCAGUUCCUCAGUAACCCCAUGUCUGUACCACGAGGAGAAUACGACCCUAGGAGGGUCUGUCUACACCCUUUCCCCAAUCUCGACUUGGGAAAACAUCGUAGAACGCUUGGUGUUUAUGUCGCAGGUGGAUUGUUCGCACUAGCCUUUUGGGUGUUCUUGGACGCUGCUAUUCUCUCUGCGCAUGCCAAAGUACCUUGGGGUGAUGAUCCUCCAGUACACGUCACCUUCAUCGACUGGAUUCCAGGGAUUUGCUCCGUGCUUGGAUAUAUCGUGGUCAAUAUGAUUGAUAAGGAUAGGGUGAAGGGAGAAGAAGGAUUUGGUGAUCCGAGAUCUGUUUGGAGAGCGAGAUUGUUUUUGUUCAUUGGGUUUGCGUUGAUGGCUGGUGGGCUGGCUGGUAGUGUGACGAUCCUCGUCUUGAAAUACAUGUUGAGCGACUAUGCCGAGAUGUUCAAGUACUACGGUUAUGCCAACGUAUCCCAGAACAUUCUGCUCAUGCUUUCUGCUAUCGUGCUUUGGAUGGCUCAGAGCGUGAGUAGCGAGUACGAGUACAACCUUACCCUGUAACAAUCCUGGGGAAAUCGGUUUCUGUAGUAUGUUAUGUUUUUGUAUCAUCGCUUCUUUUUUUUUUUUUUU